AUGACCACCAGCGAGAGCAAGAAACUGAACAUCGUCAUCGUCGGCGCCGGGCUCAUCGGUCCACGGCACGCACAGUCGGUCGCCGCCUGUGCCAAUGCACGUCUUCAUUCUCUCGUCGAGCCGUCUCCCAAGGGCCCCGAGAUCGCAGCAUCGCUCAACACAACGCACUUCAAAUCCAUCGAAGACCUGAUCCUCUCCAAGCCGCUCCCCGAUGCCGCCAUCGUCUGCACGCCGAACCGCACACAUGUCAGCCUCUCCAAGCAGCUCAUCGCCGCCGGCAUCCACGUCCUCGUCGAGAAACCCAUCUCGACUACCAUCGCCGAGGGCGAGGAGCUGAUCCAAGCCGCCGCCGCCGCCAACGUGAAGCUGCUCGUCGGGCACCAUCGCAGGUUCAACCCGUAUCUGUUGUCGGCAAAGAAGGCCCUGGACGCGAACAAGAUAGGGAGCAUCGUGGCCGUGCAGGGCAUCUGGGCGACGAAGAAGCCGCUGCCGUAUUUCGACGGGCUCGGCGAGUGGCGGCGGAACGGCGAGAGCGGCGGCGUCAUCCUCAUCAACCUCAUCCACGAACUCGAUCUCCUCCAGUAUCUCAUGGGGCCGAUCACCUACGUGUCGGCGCUCCCGGCGCCGAAGCAGCGCGAUUUCGACGCUGAGGAGGGUGCCGCGAUCUUGCUCCGGUUCCGCAGCGGAGCGGUAGGCACGUUCGUGCUCAGUGACAACGCGCCGUCGCCAUGGAACUUCGAGGCGGAGACAGGCGAAAAUCCGAUGAUUCCGAAGGUGCAGAAGGAAGCUGCAGCCGGCGGGUUUUACCGGAUCUUGGGGUCUGAAGGUAGCCUGAGCGUCGGGGACAUGAUCAUCUGGAAGUACCAGGACGCGGAUGGAGACUGGACCAAGCAACUGGUCCAGGAGCACCUCGAUGUCCAGACGGAGAAUAUCCCCUUCGAUCUGCAGGUCCAACAUCUCGUAGACGUCGUCUCCAACGGCGCCGCCCCGAGCUGCACAGGCCAGGACGGGCUCAGCGCUAUGAUCGUUUGCGAUGCGAUCAAGCGGGCCAUGGUAUCGGGGACGGGCAUUGAGAUUUCAUAG